UGGGACGAAAUUCCCACGCAUAUGCUGCGCGCGUGCUAACAGCUUCGGACUGAGCAGGCUGCACCUGUUUUUGUUGAGGUAUGCCAACGGGCACGCCGAAGCUCCGCCCCCUGCACUUGUCCUUUCAUCCCAAUUGGUCCGCUGGGGGUUUAUGCUAAUCAGCACUGAUCCUUUCUGCACCUGACUCGCUUUUACUCUGCUGGAGUAUAUGAAGCCAAGGCAGGCAGGGGAUACCCGCUACUGAUUCAUCCUCUUACCCAUCGGAUCUCAACCGGCAGAUUCUGUGCCUCCUGCUACUUUGGUUCUUUCAGCGGACAGUGAGAGACAACCGAAAAAAAAAAUGCCAAGGUCGUUUCUGGUAAAGAAGCACCUGAGUUACAAAAAGCCAAAUUAUGGAUACCUGGAUGCGCAAAAAAGAGAAACACCAUUUCCAAAGACCUUUGAAAGCUCUCUAAUCGCCCACAUUUCUCAUGCUGAGUUCCCACCAAAUGCUGCCGGCAUUGAAUCCAUGAAUGCCCAGGCGCGGAGCCCACUUCUGUCCACAGGCUUAUCAGUCACAAGCUAUGGCGAAACUGCUGAAAUCAUAAGUGGGCCAAUCAACAUGCAGGUCCAUUAUGCAGACCCAACUAGAGCUGAUCAACCUGCUGACUCUUGGCAGCAUUUCAAAGCAGGCAGUGCUGCUCUCCGAGAUACUCUUAGCAAUCUGAACUGUACUCCUUUCCAAAUCUGCAGAAGUGGGAUGAGCUGUGCUACAGAACCGUUUAAAGAGAACUGUAGUCUCCCAGAGCCCAUCCUACCAUCAGAGCAUAGAGAUCUUGCCAUCAGUGUCCAGGGCAAAUUUCAAUGCUUUGACUGCCAUAAGGCUUAUUACACAUUUUCUGGUCUGGCCAAACACCGACAGCUACAGUGUGAGUGGCAUUGUCGCAAGUAUUUCAACUGUAAGUAUUGUGACAAGGAGUAUGUCAGCCUGGGAGCACUGAAGAUGCACAUCCGCACACACACACUGCCAUGUGUGUGUAAGCUCUGUGGUAAGGCCUUCUCUCGACCCUGGUUAUUGCAAGGACAUAUCCGCACCCACACAGGAGAGAAGCCUUUUGCUUGUCCUCACUGCAGUCGGGCAUUUGCAGAUCGCUCCAACCUGCGAGCACAUUUGCAGACUCACUCUGAUGUGAAGAAGUAUCAAUGUAAGACUUGCGCAAAGACCUUCUCAAGGAUGUCUUUGCUCUCGAAGCAUGAAGAGGCCAGCUGCUGUCCACUGUCCUGAUUCUGUCGCUGCACACCCCAUGUCCUAGGGAGUUGAGCUUUGUCAUGGAAUGCCCCUUCUUCAUGCAUUCUUGGGUCGGCUGGAUGGCAUCAGCUUACCGAGAACAAGAAUCCAAUCAGCUUUUGAAAAUGGCUGCAAUCUGAUGAGAAGAGAGUUGAAAUAAAGUGGUGAGCAUUUUAAAGGAAUAUAUUUGCUUUCACUAGACUUGCAUUCCUAGCACAUGUUACAAUUGUUUUUUUGUGUGUAGAGGCAGAUUUCUUUUUUGUAAUUCUGAAGCAAACAUUCAUUUCUAGAGGAACUGCAAUUUACUAGCUAUGCCAGGCUUGUUGUUUAAGGCAAAUCUUGACAUCCUAGAUGUUAAUCAAUGGAACGAUUCUCCAUGCAGUGUCCAAACAUUUCCUGAAAAGGACAAAUGCUGAUAUUAUCUCCAGCUCAUCUUCAGUGGUGAAAAUUGACACGUUUAGACUUGGAAAAAGAGAAGUAUUUUCUAGUGUCAUUUAAUUUUCUACAUAAAAAUGAAGAUGCAUAACAACCCAAGAUCACAAAGGAUGGCAAUAUCAAGUAUUUAAACAUGAACGUUAAUUUCCCUAAAUUUGUGUAGUACUGUUUACAAAUGCCUAUGUUAAUGACCGAUCUAUGACUGAAGCUACUCAAAAUGGAUUUGGUUACAACAUUGAUUUUAUUUGCACUACAAAGAGUUUCCUCAGUGUGUGUUGUGCCACAGAUAUUAAACCAAAUGUAUCCUUAUUAAACAGUUUUGCACUGCUUGACCAAUGAAUGUACUUCAAGCACUGACUUUUGUGAUUUGCUUUUAUAAAAGGCAAAUUUACUUUGGGAUUCUAAAAUUAAAUGUAUGGGCAAAGUCAAAUAUUUAAUGGUUAUUAUACUACAAGUGCUAUUACACCAUAUAUUGUAAAACAUUCAUGUAUAUAUGAUAUGUAGGUAUCCAUAUCUGAGUGUAUUUUGUCUAACUCGGUUUACUCAUUACAUAGUUAACUAGCAUCUGGCAAGGCAGAAAUCAACACUGGAUGAGCCAAUGGUUCAUCACGGAGCACAUGCAUGCCAACUCCCAAACUCCCUCAUAUUGUCACUAAACUAACCUAAACAUGCAUGAAUAAAGCUGAAGCACAUGGAAACAUCUGCAAACACUACACAUUGAGUGACCAGGGCUAGAACUGAGCUUUGGUCACUGGAGAUGUUAAGCAGCAGAACUAAUCACUUUGCCAUACAAUAAAUACACUUUGAUCAACUUCUGCUCUAAACUGUCUCAGUUUCUGCUCUGCACACAUACCCGCUGCUUACCAUGACCCUAACAAUGAGAAAAAGUAUUUUUAAAAUGUAUGUGAUAUAAUAUAUGACAUAUAUUCAUUUUUAAACUUGUUUAUUUUUUUAUUUAAGAGUCCUAGGGAGCUGUUGCUUGUCCAAGCAGCUCUGAGUGCAAAGUUGAAACCAACCUACUCAAGUGCAUACUGACACCUAAACAAUUUUAAGAAGUCUAUUUAUUUAACAUACGCAUAUUUGGAUUUAGAAAGAAUUCAGGGUGCACACAGGUAUAGGAUGAAUGAACAAAUUCCUCAAAGACAGCUAUUCAUCUAUCUAUUUUAUAACCUGCUUAUCCAAUUCAGGAUCUUGGGGCCCACAUACCUGACUAUAUAUUAAACUGGACCAUAUUUUAAAUUUGUUAUAAUAAAGAAAAAGUAGAACAGAAUGAAAAGCCUUAUUUACUGAAAAGAACUGCCUCUUUCUCAAAAUCAAAUUUAUCAUUCUAUAUUAAAAAUAAGGAGUUAUGACAAUAUUCCACAGCAAUGGGACACUCACAGCAACAAUCAUUUAUAUGGUGCCUCUGCUACUCCCUUGCAAUGCUGAGUUUUGUCAAGUGAAACCACAUUUAAACAAUCUGUUUAUAAUAAUGCCUCUGUUUGAGUGCCUGUGCUUAAAUGGUAUGAUCUGGAUGUUUACUGUAAGCCUUUCUGCUCAAGCGGCAAAGUGGAAGAGGACUAACAAGAGCUUUUUCUUUUUCCUAAUUUUCUUUUGUAAAAGUUCGUACAACAGAAGCCCAUAAUCCAUUUCCCAGUGGUUUAAUCCAGCUUGGGGUCACAGGGGUUGGAGCCUAUCUUGGUAGCAAGGCAGAAGUCCUCUCUGGGCAGGGUGCUAGCCCAUCAUGGAACACAUUCUCUCUCUUACACAUGAUCCAAAUUCACUCGCACCUUGUCAACGCCACCAGUCAAACUAACCUGCAUGUCAUUAGAUUGUGGGAAAGAAAAUGAAGUGCCCGGAGACAACAAGAAACUCUAAGAAACAAAUAGGUCACAAUUAAUGUCUAUGUGCCACUAUAACAUUACAUUUAUUGGAUUUCAUAUGUCGAGGAAUUAUCAUUGACUGGUCAAACAAAUAUAAUUAAGCAUUAAACGUAUUUCAUUUUCUAUACUAACUGCAUUUUUACAAACUGGAUCUUUGUUUCUGUUUUUGCCAUAAAUGAGCUUACAAUGUUGUGAGCAGUCAAGAAGCUGAAACAGUUAUAGGGGUCUCAUGUAACAGUGUUGUACACUACAAUAUAAAUAAAAGAUAUUUGGCCAAUUGAUCAAAAAUGGACACAAUACAUUAUUUACUUUAAAAAAUCUCUGUCAAAAAAUGAAAUGAAGUGCGUGAAUGUUUGAAAAUGGGUAGUGUGAUUUGCCAGUGUAAAAAAAAAAAAAAAAAAACAUU